AUGACGUGGCGUGACGAUGGCUACGUGGAGGCGCUCCAGCAGGAGACCAUCAUCCUGGCCAAGCGGGUCAUGGCUGCCAGGAGCCGCUUGCUCCUCUCCACCUGCUUCGACGCCUCUCCCGUUUUUCACGACAGGGAGAUCUGCGAAGUGGACGACGGAGAAGACGAAGACUUGUUGGACGACUUCGCGAUGUUCUCAGACAAGGACAUCCGUUACGGGGCCACAGCUCUGGUCCAUAACUUGUCUGUUAUUAGCGAAGAGGAGAUGAUGGAAGAUGAAGAGGCGGAGGCUGCGGACCACUUAAAACUCUCAAUAUGGCGAGGAAAACAGGUGUUCUGA